AUGCAAGUGAAAUUUAUGUAUGCAGUUUGCUUGCUGCUGCCACUUGUGGCAAGCACCGCGGCGACGCCAACGCAAACGGAUACGCGUAUCUCAUGGAUAGCUCAACUAAAACAACUGCAUCAUCAGCUGCAUAAUUGCCUUCAAUCCGGUGGCAGCUUAGGAUUGUGGUCCUGUUUCCGUUCACGCAGUCUGCGCAUCUUUGAGGAUGUCAUGAGCUCCGACGUGAUUCCACUCUUCGAGGGUGUUCGACUAGUUGCUGCGUCGAAUACCACAAAUGGACAGGCGCGACAGGCAGGCGAUGAUCGCAAGGAUCUGAAGCAUCUCACUUGGUUCGAUCAGCUGGCAAGCAGCUUGGCUAAGAGUUUGACCACGCACACGCUGCAAGUGAAUCUGGUGAAGCUCACUGAGCGCUAUCUGAGCAGUGAUACGCCUGUAAGUCAAGCGGAUUCCACGGGCAGCGCUCGUCUUAGACGACAUCGCUUUAACAUGAUCAUCACCAUGAUGUUUGGCGUUACCGCUCUGGGCGCUGUCCUGGUGCCCAUGGGCUUUCAGAUGCUAUCCAUAGUCAGUGGCAAAGCUUUGCUGUUGGCCAAAAUGGCGCUGCUGCUGGCCUCGAUCAAUGGGCUGAAGAGAGUGGCCAACACGGGACUGCAUUAUGGUCUUUAUCAUGUGCCUGGCGAGCACUUGGGUGGCUACUACGAUCGUGGUGAUCUCAAUCAUCCACGCAAUGUUCCCAUUCCUGUGGCUGUGGCUCCCACCUUCGACAUGAGUGUCAAGUAGAACUAAAGUCAAUAGCUGUAGUUUGAAUUAGAAUCAAUUAAAUA